AUGUCAUUGGAAGAUAAUUUUGAUAAGUUGACUGUGUCGCAGAGAGCUUCAGAUCACAUCAAUAACCAGUUAUUAGAGAAGUACAGUCACAAAAUAAAAACUGAUGAAUUGUCAUUCAACAGAGCAAAGACUUCAAAGGAUAAAGCCAAUAGGGCUACUGUAGAAAAUGUUUUGGAUCCGAGAACAAUGAGAUUUCUGAAAUCCAUGGUCAAUAGAGGAGUAAUUGCGGAUCUGAACGGUUGCUUGAGUACUGGGAAAGAAGCCAACGUUUAUCAUGCUUUUGCAGGUACCGGUAAAGCACCUGUAAUAGAUGAAGAAACUGGAAAGUACGAAGUUUUAGAAACAGAUGGACCCCGUCCAGAAUAUGCCAUCAAAAUUUAUAAGACGUCUAUUUUAGUCUUUAAAGAUCGGGAGAGAUACGUUGAUGGUGAAUUUAGAUUCAGAAAUUCUAGAUCUCAACAUAAUCCAAGGAAAAUGAUAAAAAUUUGGGCGGAGAAGGAAUUUAGAAACCUGAAAAGAAUUUAUCAAAGCGGUGUCAUUCCAGCACCAAAGCCGAUUGAAGUUAAAAACAAUGUCUUAGUUAUGGAAUUUUUAAGCCGAGGUAAUGGAUUUGCUUCGCCUAAAUUAAAAGACUAUCCAUACAGAGAUCGUGGUGAGAUUUUCCAUUAUUAUUACACUAUGGUAGCAUAUAUGAGAUUACUGUACCAAGUCUGUCGUCUUGUACAUGCUGAUUUGUCAGAAUAUAACACCAUCAUUCAUGAUGACAAAUUGUUCAUGAUUGAUGUUUCACAAAGUGUUGAACCUGAGCAUCCAAUGAGUUUGGACUUCCUGAGGAUGGAUAUCAAGAAUGUCAAUCUUUAUUUCGAGAAAAUGGGUAUUAGUAUUUUCCCUGAAAGAGUUAUAUUCCAAUUUGUGAUAUCGGAAUCUUUGGAAAAAUUCAAGGAUGAUUAUCACAAUGUCACUGACUUAGUUGGAUAUAUUGCGAAGAAUCUACCGAUCAAAUCUACUGAACAAGAUGAAGCGGAAGAUGAAAUAUUUAGAUCAUUGCACUUGGUUAGAUCAUUGGGCGGAUUAGAGGAAAGGGAUUUUGAUAGGUAUACAGAUGGUAAAUUCGACUUGUUAAAAAGUCUGAUUGCUCAUGAUAAUGAAAGAAAUUUUGCAGCUUCCGAGCAAUUUGAAUUUGAUAAUGCUGAUCAUACAAGUGGCUCAGGGUCAGAAGAAUUCUCAGAUGAUGAAGAUGACUCAAGUGAAAACGAUAAAGAGGGCAAUGAGGAGAGUGAUGAUUGUGCGUACUAUGAAGAUGAUGAACCAAAAAUUUUAAAGGGUAAGAGGUAUGAGGACAAAGACGUAAAAAAAUUGCGUAAACAGGAAGCUAAAGAUGCCAAAAGAGAAAAGAGGAAAACAAAGGUCAAGAAACAUAUCAAGAAAAAAUUGGUCAAGAAAACAAAAUCAAAGAAAUAG